AUGACCAUUACAUACAGAGACCAGGUUCAAGAUAAACAAUCAAAUUUGGACAGUGUUACAGGUAAUCUUUUGAACCUGGAUCUUACAACAACAGUAGAACCUGGUACACUUAUUGAACAUUCUACAGCCCAGCAGAAAGUCACACAUCCUUCAGAGUAUCAUGAGGGGACCGCUCUAGGUCCAGACCAGGCCCAGGGUCAGCAGCCAAAUCUUAGUAAGCUUAAGCCAGUGGAUGUGGAAAUUACUGUAACUCCAAAACCCAAUAGGGAGAUAGAACCAUAUCCAACAAAACAUGGGAUCCCAACUCAAUCUCUAGGUCACAAACCUAAAAAUUUAGAGCUUACCAUAACUCCAGACGCCACAACCGAGGUUGUACCUUCAACAACCCUGCAGAAAAGCAAAGUUCUUCCUACAAAUCAAGUUGCAUUUCACCCUUCAGACUUAGAGUACCAUCUCUACAGAAACAAAUACAGAGUCUGGAUAAAUUUCAAUAAACCAGGAGACUCCAGCUCAGACUGCAGAGCCUCUGAAGGGCGGUGUAGCUCAAGUUCCAACACGUCCUCAGGAGCCUUCCAACGUGGUGGGAUCUUUGACAACACUACAGCCAGCUUCAGUUCCACCUCCAAGUCAAGAUAA